GGUAAAAGUACCGUCCCAUCUGUAAAAUAUAGAGCCGUAUGAAGUACAUUCUGCUCCAAUCUUAAUUUUCUAGCAGUAUUAAAAAUAGCCGUAUGGGAGGAAGAUUUGCGCCAGUAUUUAUAUGACCAGGUCUUCGUAUCCUCAUCUACCUCUCACAUCCAUGUUCAACUUUUUGACAACAAAUAAGUCGAAUUCCAAUCACCUCUAUCAAAUCAGAGAAUAGAACAGAUUUCCACGAGACUAUCCACGCUUCCAAUCAUCUCGUCAACAACAUGAAUAACUUCCUCCAAUCCCUCCACGAUAACCUCACCAGAAUGCCUCGAUUCAUUCGUCUUCCUGUAGACUGGUCUACACGCAACAAGGUUAAUGUCCCGUCUUCAAAACGAAAUGUUCACAGCAGAUACGAAGCACCGGAAGGAUGCGCCUGCGAAUUUUGCAAAAGCGAUGGGAAUCAUCACGUCGGACUGAGAGAUAAAAUCGGUAGCACUAACCCUAAUGAAGCCACACGAGAGCGUUUCGUUCCAAUAUCUCCACUCCCUGGAUCAAUCUCGAACAAGAAACGUCACCCCAAAUCCAAUAAGGUCUUGAGUCUCUCCAUCGAUUAUUCCGGAGAUCAACAAACGAAUAUGUCUAUUAUUCUUCGACAGCUUCAGAGCCCAACCUACACUUCAUGGACUGGCAUUCUGGAACUCAUCAUCUACCCUGGAAUUUCCCGCAAAGACGCGCCUCGGGCUUACAUCAAUCACGUCCAAGGAAUAAAAGAUCUGGUCCACCAAAUCAAUAUUUCUCUCACUCAAGUUCGGCAGAUUCGCUGUCAAUUCGUCAUCGAUCAUUUUAGCUUUUCGCAGUUGAGACUAGCGGCUGGAUUCAUCAAUCUCGAUAACGAUAGUUGGACUUUGGCGUAUGUUGAAAGAAGUGACAAUAAUAAGAUUAAUGAGAUUCAUAAGAGGGGCUCGGUGUUCAGGAGAAUCGAAUGUGCUUAUAGGGAGGAUUUCGCAAACUAGAUGGAUAGUCAGGAGUGACUUGGGUGGUAAUAUUUGUGCACGACAUGAAGAGCGUCAGGGCCAACGUAUGAGCAGCUUUGGAUUAAGGGUAUUGGUUGAUGGUAGCUUUUUGUGAGGUGUUUGUUGGAUAUUGAGGAGUUGGUAUUUUUGAGUUGUUGGACAGUCUAGCACUAAAUGCCGCUUAGGCGAGGCAUGAAGUAAGGGAGAUAGAGCAGGCCGAUGGGACUUGGGUUUCCAAAGUCUACCGAGUCCACCUAUAAUGAGUAAUUUGAGUUGUUGCAACUAUAGCUUUUUUAUGAAAUUUUGACAAUCGAUCACAAUGCUUGACUUAGUUUUCUGUUCGUGUUUCCGUACCA